UGGUAACCCGUAUCGCGUGACGCGUGUAUGCAUGACGUAGUUAAUUUUAUAUCUACGUAAUGGAGUGAAACAACGCACCUCAAAAUUAUUGUUGUUUGUUUGAAAAUCAAUCAAGAAGAAGAAGAAGAUACGUGUGCUCGAUUUGGAGAGGACGAGAUUGACUGGCAAGAUCUCUUUCUUUGUAUAUCUGGACGAACCUGAACGAUGCUACGAUGGAGGAUAUCCCAUCGUGCGCUUUCUGUCUCUGGCAUGAGAGCUAUAUCCCAACGUGCACCAAGUAAUAUUGACAGUUUGAUUCGCGUUGACCAUGCAGGAGAGUUCGGUGCCGAUAGGAUUUAUGCUGGCCAGCUGGCAGUACUGGGAAAGACUGCCGUUGGCCCAGUCAUCAAGGAGAUGUGGGAACAGGAGAAAGUGCAUUUAGAGCUGUUUGAGAAGUUAUCCAGAGAGCACCGCGUCAGGCCAACUGCUCUGAUGCCUCUGUGGAACGUGGCUGGCUUUGCGCUGGGUGCUGGUACAGCGUUGCUAGGCUCUGAGGCUGCCAUGGCAUGUACAGUAGCAGUGGAAGAGGUCAUCGGUGAUCACUACAACAAACAAUUGCGUCAUCUAAUGGAGAAUAAUCCCGAGGAGUAUCAAGAGCUGAAAGAGAUCAUCAAGCGGUGUCGGGAUGACGAGCUGCAUCACCUCGAGACUGGCCUGGAGCACGAUGCCGAGAAAGCUCCAGCUUACGAAAGUCUAACGCAGGCCAUUAAAGUUGGCUGCCGAGCUGCUAUCUGGGUCUCGGAGAGGGUUUGAGCCAGUAUGCACACGUGUGAGACUAUGAAUGGCAAUCGUGACUCAUCGUCGUCAUAUACAGUACCUGUGGCCCAUAGUUCCAGCUAAGAUCUCUUGACUCAUCGUCGUCGGAUACCUGUGGUCGGUAGACCCAGUUGAGAUCGUAGCUAGGUAUCAACUGCUUCUGUGGGCACUGGAACGAACCAACUUUUUACUGCAGCAUGGUGAGAUUGUGCCAUACUGAGCUACUCAUCCCGGGAGCUACGGUGCCUAUGUGGUGUACUCAUCACCGCUAUGCGAGGCUUGCAAUAUAAUUAUGCCGAGAAGACUUGGUCAGGCACAAUCAGCCUGCUGCAUCAACCAUGCCCUGGGUAUGAUUACCCCAACAUUGCCCUGGUUAUGGUCAACCCCGUUGGGCGCUACAUUCCAGUAGGUCAUAACCCGUGCACUGGUUAUGACCCAGUGUCAGGCAUUGCAGCUGUGCUUCACCAGGGUUUGCUGCUUAUGAGCUAUGCUCGUGGCACAGAAAAUCUGGCUUGGUUCUGUGUGUAAUGCUGCGGGCAGGCUGCAGCCACAGCUCAAGUGUCAGUUGCUAUGACCCGUGCUGGCUUGAGGGCAUGUGAAACCUCUGAAGACGUGAUGUCACUGUCGAUUUUUCCCUGCCCUGCCUGCCUGACCGUGGGCUGAUACAUUCAAUACGUGGCAGGGAGGGAGUCUUACCGACCACUCCCUGCUACCGUAACUUACUUGCUUAUGUUGGAUUUUUACUCGAUUAUAGUUAUAGUGACAUUGCAUAGCAUUUUCUGAGUUCACGAAGAAUGUACUUCUGCAAGACCUUUGGAAAGUGUUGUGUUCAGCCAAUUCACAUACAUGUAGGCCCAACAGGCAUGAUGUACAAUGCAGUUAUCUCCACAGCAUCUUCCGUGUGUGUGCGUCAUUGUUGGCUCACCAUUGCUGGUCUUGCCACCACUAGUAUCACUUGCAGACACGUCUAUGCACACAGCACUGGAGAUUUACAAUGGUGUGGACCAGUAAAGUGCUGCUGUAUGGUCACUUGUCCUUGCGGGGAUCUACUGAUACUGUCCACGAUAUUUGAUUCCACAACCGUGUUGCAUGAGAGUAAUCUAAAUGUUCAAAAAGUAAA